AUGCCAAGUACCAUUCGGACUCUCGACGACACAUCUCUCCCUCCACAUCCAGCCAUGGUUCGCCAAAAGACCCGCGAUGCCUUUAUGGCAAAGACAUCCGUCAAGGCCAAGCUCUCCGCACAAGACAAGUCUAGCUCGAUGAGCCUCGAGCUCGUGUACAUUGGUAUCGCUGUCGCCGACGGACUUGGCAGCUCAAUUGACAUUGCGUUUGUUAUCUACGACGGCACCUAUUUAAUGGACUUUGCAACUGUCUCCAUAGGUGCGGAAUCAAGUAGCAGCUCUGAGCCUUCAGCCGCAACUUCUGAGGCUAACUCUAGAACAACAACCCCUGCAACAGCUGAGGAGCGUGCCGAUAACUAUGUCGAGGAAAUCAUCAGAAGAGUCAAGCACUACCGUGAUAAGCAUUUCUACAAGUUUGUUGGCGCUGGUCUAACUACAAAGGCCGCCAAGACAUUGCUGGAGCCUAGUUCUGGCAGUCAAAAUACCGGUACUCCAGAUGCACCCAAGUACAUGAUAGUAGAUAAAGAAGCAGAUGCAGUGGUAAGGAAAGCUCUAGGGUACUUCGGCAGGGCUAACCAACCUCGCUUAGAGGUCGUCUACCGCAAUAAGGUCAGGCAGAAUGCCGAACGCUACUGGAUUGCCAAGGGCAGUCCCCUCGCUCCUCGAGCGGAGGGCGGUGCUGAUGUCAUCAUCGUAGACGAUCCCCAGAUGCCCUCUCUUGUCAAGAUUGCCAAAGAGCUAGACCCUUCUCGUCCUGCAAGUCUGCCUGUCCUCUUCAGAAGUCACAUCCAAGUACGCGCCGACCUGGCAGACCAGGAAGGUACGCCCACCGCUGAAGUUUGGAACUGGGUAUGGAACAACGUAAAGCAGUGCGAUGCUUUCAUCAGUCACCCCGUUCGCGAAUUCGUGCCUAAGAAUGUAACGGCAGAGAAGGUCGGUUAUCUUCCUGCCACGACAGACUGGCUCGAUGGUCUGAACAAGCAGCUGGACAGUUGGGACGCACAAUACUACAUGCACGAGUUUGAGAUAGCCUGCCACGACAAGGGUGCUAAUCGCCUGGCAUUCCCAGCACGCCCAUAUAUUAUACAGAUCGCUUGUUUCUAUCCAGCCAAGGGUAUCGCGGACGUUCUUGCUUCGUACGCUAUCCUUCGGCGAGAAUAUAUGAAAGACAAGCCCAUCGAGGAGGUCCCACAACUUGUCAUUGCCGGCCACGGCGCCAUCAACGACCCCGAUGCAACCGUCAUCUUCGAUAAGACAGAAAAGGAGCUCAAUGAACUCUACGCCGACAUCAAACACGACGUAAUCGUCAUGCGCAUUGGCCCCGUGGACCAGCUCCUCAACGUGCUCAUGGCCAACGCCCACGUCGCGCUCCAGCUCUCGACGCGCGAAGGCUUCGAAGUCAAAGUCUCCGAGGCCCUGCACCACGGUGUCCCCGUCAUCGCGACGCGCCGCGGCGGCAUCCCACUUCAGAUCGAGCACGGCAGAUCAGGCUUUCUCGUGGACGUAGGCGAGCACGACGCGGUGGCCAACUACCUCGACCACCUCUUCACCGACAACGCAUCGUACAUCACCAUGGCCAACUACGCAGCUAACCACCUGUACCUGGCCGACGAGCUGGCCAACGGCGCGAAGAAGAUCGAGCCGAACAGUCGCUGGAUCAACGACAUCGCGCGCGAGAAGGCCGGGUAUCCGUACCGGCCCAAGGACAAGGAGACGACACUCAAGCGCGAGAGCGCCAUGCUCGAUCUGACGCAUCAGCCGGGCCGUAGCAGGCAGAACAGUGCGGUGCAGUGA